CCCCCGGUGCACGCUGGGAGCUGUAGUCGGCCCGCCGCCAGGGGCAUGCUGGGAAGGGUAGGCCGUGCUGGACUUGUCUGCCUGCUGCCGCCGCCUGGCGCUUUGGCAAGAGGUUUGGCAAAGGAAGGACCCGCUUGGCUCGCCACCCCCGCAGUGGUGCCCCCCCUUCCUCUCUCCCCCCCCCCCACCCCAGGGCACACUUUGAAGUCGCCAGAGCAGAGCAGACCAGACUCUCUUCUCCCCCUGCAACUGGGACGCCAGUGGAACCGCCCGCCACCACUUCCCAAAUCGAUAAACAACCAACCUACAGAACAGGAGAAAUACCCGGGAAGCGGGGUGGAGGGGAGAAGACAGACACACCCCGGGGCAGCCGCUGGCUCUGAGUGAAACUAGCAUCCCAGUCCAGGUCUUUGUGGGUCAACAUGAAGGCCCAUUAAAAGACAUUUACCUCAGUGGAAUUCUGCCAGGCUCCUUGUUCCCCUUCUCAGAACCACAGAAGACCCGCAGAGAGGCGGGACCCUGAGAGGGCAUUCAGUCCAGCCCCCACAAGCAUCGUAGGAACUGAGGGGCUGACAAAUCCGCCCCCGCCGCCAGGGAUCUCUAAGGCCAGCCCCGUCCGACCUCCCAGCGACAGGCUGCCAUCAUGGGCAGUGGAUCCAGGCAGCGAGGCCCCUGCUGCCUGCCUGCCUGAGCUCGCUUGCGCUGGGCCUCUCCAGGGAGGCCUUCCUGGGCCCCGUGGGCUUCUGCCCGCCCUCCCCCAGGGCUGCUGCAGCGGGUGCCGUGGAGACCCAGCUUAGUCCUCGUGCUAAAUCUGAGUCAGAUGAGCGGCUGCCCAGCCUUCCUGGGGGCCCCGGCAGAGGCCCGGCUGCUGCGGCUGCGGCUGCCUCCUCCUCCUCCUCCGCAUUCGCUCCGCUCUGACUCCCAUGGAUUGCUGGAAGCCUCUCCCGCCUGCUCUGCCAGCCUCAGGCUCCGGGCAGGCCAAGGAGGGAGGCCAGGGAGCAGAUCACAAGUGGCAGCCCAGUCGCCUCUGCCAGGGGGAGGCAGCCCCGCCGGGGGCUCGGGAUGGAGCACCAGCCGCUGCUGAAGCGCACCGGACCCCCCAGCAAGCUCCCUUCGUGGACACUCUUCCUGGCCAUGUGCGCUGCUGGCAUCGGAGGGACCUUCCAGUAUGGGUACAACGUCUCCGUUAUCAACGCACCCACCGAGCACAUCCACAAGUUCCUCAACGAGACCUGGCAGCACCGUUACCAGACCCCGCUGAGCCCCGGCAUGCUGACCCUCCUCUGGUCCACCAUCGCAUCCAUCUUUUCCCUGGGAGGCCUCUUUGGGGCACACCUUGGGGGCAGCAUGGCCAUCUGGCUGGGCAGGAAAGGAACUCUCUUGAUGAACAACUUCAUUGCCAUCCUGGCUGCCAUCCUGAUGGGAGUCAGCCUCCCAGCCGGACUCUUUGAACUGUUAAUCGUCGGUAGAUUUUUGAUAGGCGUCAACACUGGCCUGGGCCUGUGUGUGCAGCCUCUCUACAUGGGGGAAGCGGCCCCAAAGCACCUGCGAGGCGCCAUGGUCAUGGGCAGCUCCAUCUUCCUGACGGGGGGCAUCCUGACCGGACAGGUGGUCGGCCUCAGGGAGCUGCUGGGUGGAGACGCCUACUGGCCCUUCCUGCUUUCGAGCAGCUGCUUCCCGGCCCUGGUGCAGCUCCUGACCCUCCCCUGGUUCCCAGAGAGCCCUCGCUACCUCCUGAUCGACAGAGGGGACGAGAGGAGAUGUCUCCAAGCCCUGAAGCGCUUCCACGGCCCUCUGCACUCUCGGGCGGAGAUGGAGGACAUCCAGCGGGAGCGCUCCGCCCUCAGCGGGGAGAAGCCCAAGAAGCCCUGGGAGCUCUUCACGGACCGCAGCCUCCGCUGGCAGCUGCUCGCCAUCGUUGCCCUGACCAUGGGCCAGCAGCUCAGCGGCAUCAACGCGAUUUACUUCUAUGCAAGUUACGUGUUUGAGGAAGCCGGGAUCCCUCAUGACAAGAUCCCCUAUGUGACUCUGGGCACGGGCGCUUGCGAGUGCCUCACCGCUCUCACCUGCGGCCUGCUGAUCGAGUCCAUGGGGAGGAGGGCCUUAAUCCUGGGAGGCUACUGCCUGAUGACCCUUUGGUGCGUCGUGCUGACCUUCUCCCUGACAUACCAGAUGUAUGCAUGGACGCCCUACCUCAGCAUGGCCACCAUCUUUGCCUUCAUCUUGAGCUUCGGGCUCGGACCAGGUGGAGUGACCAACACGUUGACCACAGAGCUAUUCAUGCAGUCUUCGCGGCCGGCUGCGUACAUGAUCGCAGGCACAGUGAGCUGGCUGAGUUUCUUCACCAUCGGAAUGCUCUUCCCCUUCAUCGUGAAAGGCCUGAAGCAGUACUGCUUUGUUGUGUUUUUGGUGGAAUGCAGCCUGGUUGCCACUUUCAUCUUCUUUGUUAUUCCCGAGACAAAAAACAAGACCUUUCUGGAAAUUAAGAGGGAAUUUCAGAAGCUCAACUUUGGCAGAAGCAGCAAGGAGCAAGACGGAGAGCCGGGUGAGAGGUGCCAUCUUAGCCACGAGUUCUAGCCGGGCCUCCCGGCCGUGGGGCUUGCCCAGAGAAUGGCCCCACCCACAGAGGCUGGUUGCGGCCAAGAGCAAGGUCCUCCUCGGAGUCUUAGGGACAGGGGCCAGUGACGCCGCUUGCUUGCCAGCCGUGGUCUUGUCUACUUUGUUUCCUGAAGUGCACCUUGUAUGCUGCCCAAGGGCUCCAAUCAAUAAAACCAGUUGAUUCUCAA